UAGAAUCCUAAAGGAGUACAAAAGCGAUCAGGCGCACUGUCCGUGAGACGAGACGGUAAAUUGGUGAUUGAUUUGACAGCACGAUGUUUCAACAGUACAGUAGCUGUCGAGAAGCACGAGGACCGCUGUCCAUGGUGUAUUGAGUACCAUGAUGAUACUGUCAUAAAUCAGCAGUAUCCGGAGGAGACGAAAAUUGGUUUUAUGCAGUUUGUGAGCAACGAAAGCUAUUUGAACAUUCUGGUGAUCGGUUUUGCGCUAGCAACAGCACUGAGUAGCGCACUUUGCGCAUUCCUACUUUUCUUAUAUAUCCGGCAAAAGAAAACAGCUGCUCAAGCAGUACCAAGGAAAUGCUGCCAGCCGUACAGUAGGACCGGUCAUCUGAGUGCUGCCGUGGUGCAUGUCGAAUCGCCCAGUGAUUCUGCCGAGAGUUCACGGUACGAUACGCCGUGGGAUCGAAAAUAUCGUCCAUUACCAAGGUGGACAAGUUGUAGAAGCAAUGCUAGCAGCGCUUCGCCACCAGAUACAUCUUCCACCACAACUGGAUCGUCGUCACAGCACUCAAAAUCUACAAAAGUAAUCAUUGGAAAUGUCCUGCACGAGGUCGAUUCGCCCGAUUCCUCAAUUUAUGAGCGGCCUGAAGACAGAGGCCUCGGUUCCGUACGAUACGCCAUGGGAUCGAAAAUACCGUCCAUUGCCAAGGUGGACAAAAGCAAUGCUAGUAGCGCUUCGCCACCAGAUACAUCUUCCACCACAACCGGAUCGUCGUCACAGCACUCAAAAUCUACAAAAGUAAUCAUUGGAAAUGUUCUGCACGAGGUCGAUUCGCCUGAUUCCUCAAUUUAUGAGCGGCCUGAAGACAGAAGCCUCGGUUCCGUAUAGUU